UUGCCUUAAGACGGCUACAUUACACACUUCGAGUAUAAUUAGUUUCAAAGUUUUUAAGAAAUUUAAAUGGCUACUGCAUAUAGUUUUACUUAAAUCGUCACGUUUAUGUAUAUCAAUAAUUAAAUAGUUACAAUCAAACGCUCUAAAAAUAUCUAUAAUUUUGUAUAAUUUAUGGUGAAGAUGAACAAAUAUUGAACAUUUUAUAAGAAAUUUGCGAUAUUAUUUGCUUAUACAUAUAUGAACACAAUAAAAAAGUCUGUAGCAUAAAUAAAUAUUAUUAUACAAAUUUCGACAAUGAAGUUUACCUUUGUAUUACUUAUAUUAUUUAUAGUUGUGGUUCUAAGUGAUGAUAAUGGUGAUGAUAAUGGUGAUGAUAAUGGUGAUGAUAAUGGUGAUGAUACUGGUGAUAAUACUGGUGAUAAAAAGAAUCAAACAAAAAAAGCAAAAAAAAUUAAAAAAAAACACUCGACUCUGCAGAACGUAGUUUUCACUCAUAUUCCUAUCCCAAAAAAGGCCCUAAUGGAGUAUUUGAUGGGUCACAGAUGUGAUUCCAAAAACAAAUUGCUUUUGAUGCAUGCACGUCAUAAGGCUGAAGAUGUUGCUGGAACUAUGAUGGUUUUGUCUCAAUAUAGGUUUACCAAAUAUCCAUUGGGACAGUGCGUGCGAAUAACAGCUACUGCGCCCCACAGCGACAUGAUCAAAUUUACUCCUACCAAUUUUGCAGUAUGUUACUUUGUUGUCUUGCUUAGUCUGCCCGGAAGGCAAGAUUAUGAAUAUACGUUCGUACAAUGGCUCGUACCGGCAGAUUUAUCACCUGGUCUUGAUUGGGAUUUUUAUUUCUAUCAUGUAUAAUUAAAUUGAAUUCUGGACUAAACUGUUGUUUUAAUGUCAUAUCACUCGUCCCACAUGCCUAAGGCCCAUUUAGGACGAUUUGCAGGAAAUCAAAAUAAAUAUUAUUUUCAUUCUGCAACUCGUUCCACGUUACUCUCAAAUUGAUAAAGGUACAAUCCACCCACUGAGAGGUAAGAAGUCGGGGCCAUAACCUCAUAUAAAAAAUUGUAAACAGCUAAAUAUUAUAGAGUAAGAUCCCAGGCAGAGUCGUAAGACACAACUUAUUUUCUAAAGCAUAUAACCGUCGGUUCUCAGUAGUCUCUUGUGUAGUUUUUAAUACCUGAAUGUUUGUGGAACAUGUCCGGUGACACCUGCGCAGGUACCAGGUGAGAAAUGUACCUACAAAUCAGAGUUACUUAACUUGUUUUUUUAUGACAGAUUUUUACAUAAUGUUUUGUAGAACUCAUAUAAAACCGCUUGCCAUGGGUCAAAACGUUUAUCAGACACUAUAAAGCUCUAAAAAAUAGUGCGCCUUCCAAAAUUCUAAAAGCAAUAUGUGGUGCCCCUGUAAUGCAGAACAAUAAAUACAAAUCAUCAUCCUACAAAUUUCUAGCCUUACAGGA